AUGCAGAGAUUUCCCAUCCCGCCGCCCACUUGGGCUGCAUACAGACAGCAUCAAGAAUACUAUGAUCGUUUAUACCAAGGGCUCAAUGGUUCCUGGUAUAACCACAACACUGUUGUCCCCGGCUUCAUUGAGUUGCCAGCAGAUUGUGUGCCCCGACCCCCGGCUGUCAACCAAGCAUCGUCCUCUCGGGCGAGCCCGGAUCCUAUUAAUCCUACUAUGCACUGCGAUAAGCAGCUCGGUAAGCACUGCGACAAGGCCUGUUGUAAGCUCAAGCCUAAGGCUCGAGGCCGCCGUGUAACAAUUGCCACUGCCAGUGAUGAAGAGAAUGGCGUUGUCACAGAUACUGAAGGCAACAUCACGGACAGCUCCAACCCUGUCGUCAAGAGCAAGAUGACUACCAAGGCAAAGGGAAAGGAUAAGGCGGUCCAGACUGAUGAUGAUGCCUCGACUGACGCUGAGACGUCGGUCCUUUCAUCCGUCGCCUGCCUCAGGGACCCCAAGUGGUCUCUUUCAGAGGACUGCCGCCUUCGCAGCAUGAAGGAGGCCGGCGAGACCUGGGCUUUCGUCUCGGAAUCUCUGUGCAAGACAAAGGACGAUGUCCGAGCUCGCUGGAAGAUACUCCAGAGUCAGUUGCGUGCCAAAGACACUGUCAAGGACACUGGUACUGACACUGACAAUGCCGCUGAGGAGGGGUCUGUCGAUGAUACUACCGACGAUGAAGAGUCUGCUGAAGGCGACGAAGAGUCCGAUGCAGACGACGAGGAGUCUGAUGACGAUGAGGAGUCUGAUGAUGAGGAGUCUGAUGAGGAGGAGUCUGAUGAUGAGGACGACGACUCUGAUGAUGAUGAAGAGUCCGACGAGGACUCUGAUGGUGACAACAACAAGAUUGCGAAGCCCAAUCACGUCCACGGGGCCAUGUACCCUACUCAUCACCACCCACAGCCUAAUGCCCCCUGGGUCAAAGGAGACUGCGCCCUCCUUGCUACCAUCGACAGCAAGUAUAAGCGAUCUCGCUGGCUCGAAAUGCAGGCCAAUUUCUACAAUGUCACAGGACAAAUGGUCCCUCUUGUAUGCUUCAAGGCCAGAUGCGAGCGCGUUGAGGCCGAGAAGGCGGAGCGUUCCAAGACCCGCGAACUCGAGAAACGCAUGAACAAGGUCGAGGACUGGAUUGCGAAGCAGGAACGUGAGAAGUCGGCCGAGUCUGAGGACUCUGAGGACUCCGACGACUCGGAUGAGUGA